GUAUCGCUGACACCUCUGUCAACAGCUGGCAGUUAACAACAAUUAUUUCGUACUAUUAUUAAAAUUUUCAUUCAACAACCUUGCAGUCGAAAUGGACGAACAAGAAAAGCUGUAUGAGGAAGCACAAAAGAAAGUCGUAUUGGGUGAAAAACUGAAGCAGGCCUUAGUUGACUUCGAGGACUUGCCCGGAGUUUCGAAAGUGCAGCGAAAAAUACAGCAGGAGCUUAAAUUCUUGAACAAGGUGAUUAGCACGCAAUCAGUGAGGGAUCACCAUAUAACCAGCAGCAACUUUGUUUACUAUGAAUUUCUCAUUAAAACCCUGCAAACGCAACAAGGAGUCGUCGAUAUAAACGCUGUAUUUCGUCUGGAAUCUCGAGACAGUCCCUUGCGCGUUGACAUUGUGGCCAAUAAUGGUCUGAAAUGGGUCAAAGUAAUAGCGAGAAAUUCCAAAUCCGUGGAAGAUGCAGCCAAGGGGUGUGUCAGCAUUGGUGCACGAAGUGUUAUAGAUCAGGCGGAGGAUUAUCUGGAAGCGAGUUCGCUGCAUUUCUGCAUGUUCCAACGUCCCAAGAUUGUUUUUUACUUUUCGAACAAAAUUGAAGACUCGCUCCAUGAAGAGCUGCUUGAAAUGGGCGUGCAGACAGCAUCCUUGGAGGCACCCGACAGUGAUGAGGACCAAUAUGCAACCGCGUCCAAUGAGCUGAAUGUGGAUGUCACCACCAUGCUAGCAUAUGUCAGCGCCCUCACCAAUGGCCACUCCCAUUGGGUGUUCAAGGAACCAUUGCUCACCGAACAGGCCGAACGGGAACGAGCAUCGCCCCUGAAGCCACAGCUUGAGAAGAUUCUUCAGGGAAAACGGCUGGUCUGCUGCCAACUAGCCUACGAUGCCUUUCAGAAUAUCUUGACGAUCGUAGGCGGACCCGGCGAACGAGAACGGGCCGCCGAUUUCUUAAAAAGAAUUACAGUCUAUCCCGAUGUAGAAAAAAUACCCGAAGAGUUCUCCACCAUACGAUUUACUGCCAAUGUGAAUGAGAGAAGUCUGAAGAUCUUUAGCUUUGGCAUGGCCCGGCAAAUUUUUACUGUAACCUCUAAUAAGGCUUUUGUUCGAUCAGCCAAGAUGCAGGGAACGAACGUGCCCGUUUUUGUACAUGCUUCAGUUGCACUUACCGAAGGUAAACAGGCAGCCGGAAAACCACUUUGAGUGAAAUAAAUUAAAUUUUUAUAUACGAUACUCGUAGAGUUUAGGGAUAUAUUAGUUUUGUGGUGGAUGUGGAUGUGUAUAACACCUAGAAGUACCUACCCCAUAUAUUAUAUACUCAUGAUCAGCUAUAGAGUAUGAUCAUAUUUACCUGGACACCAUUUAGAGUGGCUACUCACCCCUUCCAUUCUCUUUCUUUCUCACACUUCUGACCAUGCAGUUUAUAACGGUUGCUGUUGUUGUGAGAAGAGAGUGAGAUGGAUGUAGUGGUAAAAUGGAAACGUAUCAAAUAUUUUAGAAUUCUAAUAAUAUGGGUCAUUAUGUGGAGUAAGGUAGUAUUAUAACAUAACUAGUGGCUGUGAUUCGUCUUGACAAGGGCGAGCAAAAUGGAGAUGGUUCGCGGAGAAAUCAGCAUCAAAAAGAAAGAGAGCAUGCGGCAGUCAUCGGCUCCGAUACCAAUUCCGGAGCUUACGUAUAAUUACUUAUAAAAUAUAUAGAACAAGUCACAUAAAUAGGCGGCUCAAGAAAAAAAUGUAUCUGCAGAAUACACUCUCUCAAAUUUAAAAAGCGUUUCAGUUAAAUUAUAUUUCUACUUUCUAGACUAUAUUUUGCCUAUAAUAAAUAGAUUUAAUAUCAUUUUUCAGUCUAGCAAAGCUGAAACACACAUAAUAUAUAAAAAUAUGCCUGAAACUUAUAAGUUAAUAUUAAGCUGUUAUUUGAAAGACUUAUAUAUAAGGAACACUCACUUAAAUUUACUAGAUCCAAGCAGCAAUUUUAAUUUCGUAGAGUUCCAAAAAAUGAAUUUGGGCAUUAAUGUAUGCCUCGAAGUGUCAAAAUUAGAAAGAAAUGAAAAAUAUGCAUUUUUCCAAAGA